CGCGCCGCAGGCUUCCAUGAUGUUUGCCCAGUGCACGCGGAAGUGUGCGAGCUCCGUGCUGCUGAUUGCGCUGCUGUGCUGCAUCCUUUCUCCUCCAGCACAAGCUAGCAAGAGCUCGGAGGACAUCCGCUGCAAGUGCAUCUGUCCCCCGUACCGGAACAUCAGCGGGCACAUUUACAACAAGAACGUGUCCCAGAAGGACUGCAACUGCCUGCAUGUUGUGGAGCCAAUGCCGGUGCCAGGGAAUGAUGUGGAGGCCUACUGUCUGCUGUGCGAAUGCAAGUAUGAGGAGCGCAGCACCACCACCAUCAAGGUGAUCAUCAUCAUUUAUUUGUCCGUGGUGGGCGCACUGCUGCUUUACAUGGCUUUCCUUGUGCUGGUGGACCCUCUGAUCCGGAAGCCAGAUGCUUAUACCCAGCCCCUGCACAAUGAGGAGGAGAAUGAGGAUGCUCGCUCCUUGGCCGCAGCCCUCACCCCGUCUGGCGCUAGAGCCAACACGGUGCUGGAGAGGGUGGAGGGGGCCCAGCAGCGCUGGAAGCGCCAGGUGCAGGAGCAGAGGAAGACAGUUUUUGACCGCCACAAGAUGCUGAGCUAG